AUGAAGAGUGAAAAGAGCGAAUUUUUGCAAAGAUUGCGGGCCAUUCUCUUGCUCGAGAAAAACGGUGCAAGUGAGAACACAGUCAUCCAGCUGUUUCACGAUGUUAUUGGCGAAGAUUUACGGGCGACUGUUACUGGCUUUGGGUACUCCGGAAUUAGCGAUCCGGACUUUCUCGAUGACCAUUCUGACGUAAUCAAGGAAUGCUACGGGCGAUACUACGGAAUCGCCUUGGAAGUGCAGAUGCCUCUUGUUAGCUUGAUUAACUCAACAGAGAAACGAGUCCGCACUCGAAGUCGCCAAAAAGGAAAUCAUGAAAAUGUUGCUCGAAUUCUGGCCCGUAUCGAAAAUACCACCCACUGCUCAACCAACGAGGGCGAUCAAUAUUCGAACGUUCAUGCAGCUGGCUUCGAUCAAAUACCCGGCCCUGCACCAUUUUUCAACACAGGAACACCAAAAGAAGAGCAAUUGAUCAACCAAAAAGAGCGGAAGAUUAUACUUAAAGAAAGUAUCCUUGAAGAGUCGAUGGAAGCAAUGGCGAUCGGAACUACCAAUGCUCUCAACGAGAAUACUGAAAAUCAAGAGGCAAAGUCGGAGUUGCCACGAGUGGGAGUCAUUCGGGUGCCUAUAACUGACGAAUGGUCUCCCCAUUUCGACCAGUACGGCUGUCCGACUUUCUACAAUUACGGAACGCCAAAGUGGCAGCAAGAAUUGAACCGAGAAAAAGCGCAGAAGAAGAAAGAAAAUCCACCGAAACUCGAGUUCCCUAUCGAUUUUGAAAUUGAAAACAACGUAGAAAACGAGCCACAAAAGCCGGAAAAAGAAAAACCACGAAAAAUUAUUAAGUACGACAGCAAAAAACGGCGAAAACAAUUGCUCGAUUACCACAUCAAUCUUAGCCGCCAACUUUCUGUUGAAUCACUUGAUUAA